AUGGGGAGAUCCCCUUGCUGCGAAGAGGAAGGCCUGAAGAAGGGCCCCUGGACGCCGGAGGAGGACAAGAAGCUCGUAGAGUACAUACAGAACCACGGCCACGGCAGCUGGCGGGCUCUCCCCAAGAGCGCCGGCCUCAACCGCUGCGGCAAGAGUUGCCGGCUAAGAUGGACCAAUUACCUUCGCCCCGACAUCCGGAGGGGCAAGUUCUCUGACGAGGAGGAGCGUCUCAUCAUCAACCUCCACUCAGCCCUCGGCAAUAAGUUAGUCAUCGCACUACUCGCCUUCGUCUUCUCUUGUUGUGAUAUAAUUCUAACUCUUCUGUGUUGCAGAUGGUCGGCGAUUGCCGCUCGGCUCCCAGGAAGAACAGACAACGAGAUAAAGAACUACUGGAACACUCACCUGAAGAAGAAGCUCCUCCACAUGGGAAUCGACCCAUUGACCCACCGCCCGAGGACUGACCUCAGCCUGCUCGCCAAUCUCCAGGGCUUGCUUGCCGCCUCCAACCUUGGCAACCUGCCACCGGGUGCUUGGGGUCUUGACAACGCAUUCAGGAUUCAUGCAGACGCAGCUCAGGCGGCCAGAAUCCAGAUUCUGCAGAGCCUAUUUCAAGCUCUAGUCCCCAACAACGCUCCAAACGUUGACCUAGUCCACCUCUUGGGCGCCGCUAUGCUCAACCAGCCCGGCCGCGCCUUCCCGGGUCUCCUCCUUGGGGGAGAAGGCCAAGUCAACUCGGCUGUCACGAGUUUGAUCGCACCUCAGAUGGCGAAGGAGAUCCCACUGCCUCCCUCAUCUUCCUCCCUCCCUGGUUCUUCCUCGAAGAACCCGGUCGGCGUGGAGAACAACAGUAGCUUCAGCCCCAGCCAGAUGUCGAGGUCCGGCAACAACCCGACGUCGGCUUCCACGCCCUCCGCUGUCUCCCCCUCGCCGGAGGGCUUCAACCUGGAUCACUUCCAGGAAAUGAUCAACUCCCAUGAUGGAUCGUCCUCCUGCACCUUGGAGCCCUGGGAUGCCUUAGCCGACAACGAGAGUUACGACCUAUGCUGGAGAGAUAUUCUAGCGUAG